AUGGAGAUGUCCUCUGAGCUUUGCAGCAAGAGGUGUACCCCCUGGCAGAGGCUCCUGCUCACAGCCUCCCUCUUAACCUGCUGGCUCCUGCCCACCACUGCUGGAGUCACCAUCGAAUCCUUACCGUUCAAAGUGGUUGAAGGAGAAAAUGUUCUUCUACGUGUUGACAAUCUGCCAGAGAAUCUUCUAAUCUUUGCCUGGUACAGAGGGGUGACAAAUGUGACGUUUGCAAUUGCAUUCUAUUCACUGUACUAUCAAGCAAGUGUGAAGGGGCCGACCCACAGCGGUAGAGAGAUAUUGUACGGCAACGGGUCCCUGUGGAUCAAAAAUGUCACCCGGAAGGACACAGGAUUAUACACUUUUCGAACCAUCAGUAGACGUGGAGAAAUUGUAACAAGUGCAUCCAUGUUCCUUCUCGUGUACUCCUCUCUUUACAUCUGUGGGCGUCCUUAUCAACCUCCACAGGCCACUAUUGAAUCAGUGCCACCCCGUGUGGCUGAAGGUGGAAGUGUUCUUCUCCUUGUUCACAAUCUUCCAAAGGAUUUUCGAUCACUUUUCUGGUACAGAGGGAUGAUUGUGUUUAAAAAGGUUGAGAUAACCCAACACAGAAGAUGGAAGAAUUUAUUUGAGCUGGGCCCUGCCCACAGUGGUAGAGAAACUGUGUACAGCAAUGGAUCCCUGCUGCUCCAGAAUGUCACUUGGAAAGACACAGGAAUCUACACCCUACAAAUUCUGAGUAUAUAUUCAAAAAUAGAUUUAGCACACGUGCACCUUCAGGUGGACACUUCCCUUUUCUCGUGCUGUGACCCUCUCCCCUCUGCCCGACUCACGAUCGAUUCAGUGCCACCACAUGCUGCUGAAGGAGAAAGUGUUCUUCUCCGUGUCCAUAAUCUUCCAAAACAUCUGCAAACCUUUUCCUGGUACAAAGGAAUGCAUAGCACUCAGGUGUUUAAAAUUGCAGAGUAUAGCAUAGCUACAAAGUCCAUCAUCAGGGGCCGAGCACACAGCGGAAGAGAGACAGGGUACACCAAUGGAUCCCUGCUGCUCCAGAAUGUCACUGAGGAAGACAUGGGCUUGUACACACUAGUAGUCAUAGACAGCAAUUUCAAAAUUGAAACAGCACACGUGCAGGUCAACGUGAACAAGCUUGCGACACAGCCUGUCCUGAGAGUCACAGACAGCACAGUUAGAAUACAGAGCUCAGUGGUCUUCACUUGCUUCUCAGACAUCCUUGGGGUCUCAAUCCACUGGCUCUUCAAUAAUCAGAGUCUGCAGCUCACAGAGAGGAUGACUCUGUCCCCCUCAAAGUGCCAACUCAGGAUACUUACUGUCAUGAGGGAAGAUGCUGGAGAUUACCAAUGUGAGGCCUUCAACCCAAUCAGCUCGAAGACCAGUCUCCCCGUCAGCCUGGCUGUGAUGGCUGAGUGA